UAAAUUUAUUAAAUCUGUAGAUGUAUGCUUAUUAAUUCCACUGAUUCCACUAUUCCCACUUACAUAUGACCUUAUAACUUCCUAGGAGAUAUACUCUAGUUUCGUCCUUCAUAACCGUAUGUGGUAAUAUCACAGUACAUAGUAAGGGAGAAGUUUCCAUAGGCGAGGUCUCUAUUCCGUUGCGCUGGUGGUCUAAACGUGAACAGCUGUGUUUGCGCAUCGUCUCCUUGCGGUUGGGUGGUAAGUUUUUGUUGUUUCAAUAGGAACCUUCAUACGGCACAUGUGGUUGUUCGUACUUCGUCUUGUCAACGACAACUCAAACCACACCAUAUAGCCAAACGAGUUGUACAUAUGCGCUGUUGUAACCGUGUAUGUAUGUAGAACCGUAGCUUCUACGGUUAAAGUUAAAAAUUUUACCCUUAAUUAGUGGAACUAAAUUUUCUUGGAGAAAAUAAUGUUAACAUUUAUAUGAUAAUUGCUUUUUUUUUUCUUUAUCAUAGAUUCUGUAGAUAACACAGUGAUGUUAUCUUAAUGUUAAUGUUUUUACGCAAGCUCGAAAAUGAAAAGUUUGGUUGUCAUGGCGACAUCGAGUUAGCUAUACACUGUAGGUAUCUCUCCCUCAGUGUUUAAGCAAUCAUAGUCAGGAGAUAUGGAUAAUCGUCAAGCUCUGGUUAAUAUUUUAAAAGACAUGCAAAACAAUUUGUUGGUGGUUUUGCGAUUGGCCAAAUUACCAGGCGAUGAACCAUUACAAGAACGAUUCUAUCGCUGGAUUAAGGAUCCAUUUCCCUUAACUUCAGAGGACGAAUUAUCGACUUGGGAUUCGUCGAUCCAGGAAGUGGUAGAUGUCGUGCAGCGAUUCGCUCAGUUGAUUGCGGAAAAGAUAGAAAAGGGACAGACAGUGGACGGAUGUCAAAGUAGAUUGACGCGGCUCCGGGAAGAGCGACUCCGCAUGGAGAACCGAUUGCGCCAGCUGAAGACGAAUGGUGAAAAAGAAGAAACAUCACAAAAAUCUCUGUGGAAAUCUCGUCUUGAUCUUAUUCAAGAUCUCAAAAUCCGUUUAAAAGAAACCGACGAACGGACUACGAGUUGUCUUCGCUUGGCAAAAGAAUGCGGAGAAGUAGCCAGAAAGGAAUGGGAAACGAACAAUCGGAAACCACUGAAGGAGCAACAACUUCACUCUGAACUUUUGGGUUCUCAACUUGCCAACCUUGUGAAAGAGAACUCUAUUACUGAAAAUCAGUUGAAGAAAUGCUGCGAAGAACGAAAGAAAGAAAUCGAGUCGGUUACGUUGAAAAUGGACGAGGAUAUUUGCCAACGCCGUAAGAAAGUGAACGAUUUGAAACGUGAAGUUUCGGCCGACAAGAAACAACUUGAAGAAUUAGAGAAAGAGUUGGCUGCCGUGACGAUAGACUACGACGCAAUCAUCGAAGAACAACAGAAGCAAGCUGACGAAGCGCUUAGACAACUAGCAGAAGAACAGUUGCGUGAAAAAGCCGCUAUUAAAAUCCAACGGUGGUAUCGUUUCAUUCUCUUUAGAACAAUAAGAGCGCGUAGAAGGCGAAAGAAGACAAAGCGUAAGGUUUCCAAAGAAGUCAGGAGACCUCCAGUGGAUAGAAACAAGACGACAGUUCCCGAUGAAGUUCGUCCAGAUAGUCAAUAUGAAAGAGAUGCUUCCGGCGAGCCAGUGACUGUUCUUGACGUGCAAGUGGCGCGGAAAUCCGCCUUAUUACGUAAUAGGCAUUUGGUCUCCUCUGACCAUAGCGACAUAAACAUAGAAGAAUCUCAUUCAGAAUUUGAAAAUAAUAAAGCUAAAGCUCCUUCCAAAGGUAAAAGUAAAAAGUCCUCUUCCGCAAUUCGUUCCAUUACAGUUAAAAAGGGAGCUAAUCCAGGAGAGAAAGAAACUAAACCUAAACCGAUCACUAGUCUGAACCGAUCUUCACAGACGGAUAAUCGCGUACCCAAGUCGAAGAAAGUUUUUUGAUAGUUGCUAACUAAAUAAAAAUAAAAUCGGGAGGGAUCAUUGAGACUCGAUCGUAUUCUUUUUACGAAAUCCGUGUUUCCUCUCUUUGCCAUAGACAACCAAUAAAGUAACAAAAACGUACAUUCUAGCCUAUUUUCCCUCCAUAAAUGCCUAUCUUGUUUGCGUUUUAUGUUUUUGGACACUGCAUGGAAUCGACGCCUCGAUAGUGUGAUCGUCUGAGUGCGUGUCUUGACAUUGUUUCUGUGAUUAUAUAGUCCACCCUAAUAUUCUUUUGCUUACUGCAUGUCAAUUCUGCGGAUACUGCAUAAAACAAUAAAACAAUGAACUUUAUACAUCA